GGUGGAAUAUGUUGCAGACAUUCCUCCCCUAUCUAUUGCCAGGUAUGAUAUAUCCCUGAUGUGCCUUGUGUAUUCCCAGGUCACACAUGACCUGACGAGAUCACCUGACGAGUCCCUUCAUGUAUUCCCAGGUGGGAGAUAAUACCCUCUGACGUGUCUCUCAUAAUUCGCAGAUCGAAUCCUGACGUGUUCUGUAUGUGUGUAUUUCCAGGUCAGACAUGUACCUCCACGUGGCGGACGGCCGGCAGCAGAUUGUACCCACUGGCGAGGUGCUGCGAGCGUUCGACCUCCACUACGACUACAUUCAGAGGGAGCAUGGCGCGCUCAACGUACAGAAAGUGCAGGCGGCUGACGCGGCGCCCACCUCUCACGAGACGAAUCAGACGCUGGUGACGCUGGUGGCACUACUGCUGGUGCUGGUGAUCGGCCUGGUGACAUUCUGCGCCGUCUGCUGCUGUCUAAAAACCGUGCCGGUCGCCGUGCCCUCCUACAAGGAGCAGGUGAAGCAGCCGCCGCAGCCGCCCACUCCGCGGGCCUCUGUGGAUCAGCCCGAAACACCGCCUGGCACCGAGAACCCUCUCUGGAUCGGAAACAAACUCAAAAUGUACGAGGAGCAGGAGCUGAGCAUGCAAGUGUCCGGUGAUCCUGAGGCGGCCGGAGGAGUGGAGGACAGUCCCUCUCCUCAGGAGGAGGGUCAGAAUACCUACGCCACCAUCCAGCGGCCCGGCGAGCCGGCCGAACAUAGUCCCAACGGAGAUACAGCCGAUUACGCGACCCUGGGACGGUACUCCUCUCCGACUCUGCCUCUCGGACCUACAAUCCCUGGUGUGGUACCGGCACGAGAGCGACUACCGGGGGUACCUCCGCCGCCGCCGACGGCCGCCCAGCAGUCCGGCGCAGAUAGUCGCCAUCGACGGCUGAGUGUCGGUAGAGACGGCCGGCCUGAGCUGGUGUCCGAGCUGCAGUGAAUACCGGCGGGAGGAGGGUCUGCAGCGAAUCCUGGCCAGAGCUGGUGUGUGAGCAGCUGUAGUGAAUACCGGCGGGAGGAGGGUCUGCAGUGAAUCCUGGCCAGAGGUGGUGUCCGAGCUGCAGUGAAUACCGGCAGGAAGCAGGGUCUGCAGUGAAUCCGAGCCAGAGGUGGUGUCAGAACUAUACUGAAUUCCGGUCGGAGGCAAGCUUGCAGAGAAUACCGGCGCGGCGGGCGGCCUGCAGUGAAUACCGGCAUGAGAAGGGAUGCAGUGAAUCCCGGCUAUAGUGACCCCGUUGUGAUUGGAGACUGGAAGUGUAUCGGCAUUGCAAUGAAUGCCUGCCGUACCAAGUACUUUGGGAGUACUGCCGUUUGGAGGGCAUGCAAUGAAUACCAAUCGUUGAGCAUGCACUGAAUACCCGGUGCGAGCGACUUUAGCGAGUGUCAUUUGAGCGAACGUCAUUCGAGCGAACCAUUUUCAGCGACUGGCAACUUAGCGAAUAUCAAACUGAGCGAUUAUCAAAUAUAGCGAUUAUCAAUUUAAGCGAAAGCUAUGUUUCAGCGACAUCUUUUUCGUCGACUACAGUUUGAGCGACUGUCAUUUCAGCGAAACACUUCAUCGUCCCGUAACGGUGUAUUUUUUUUUCUUUUGUGAGCGUUCGUACAACGAAUGUUUCCGGAACUUUUCAUGGUUAUUCGGAACUGGAUGCCGGAUGUCACGUUCAAAGUUCAGACAUUAAGCUCCAAUUUGAUGCCACAUUUCUAAAAAAUUACAGCGGCUCGAUUUCCCCCCCCCCCCCCCCCACACACACACACACACCUGCUGUUUGCCAAUAAUGAUGACCAAACAUUUGUUCAGAGAUUCAUAUUGCUUGUGCUGUUUUUCGCGAAAUUCCCCCGCUUGAAUUUGGAUCAGUUCCCCAUGUUGUAAAAUUUGUUCUUGCCCCAAGCACCGUACGAAUUUCCAGAUAUUUGGGUGAGGGCCCUGAAACAAAGACUGGAUCCCCCUGUGCCAUCCCUCGAGUUUAUUAUUGGUCCUUGGCAUUCCUUCCAUCGUCCUAUCUCUCACGUUCCACAUUUCCAGAUCAAAGUUGCAGAAUGAGGCCAGAUAUUGUUGUGGUUUCCAAGCUUAGAAGAAAAGGCCGCGCGCAGCUUGAAGCAUGACGCAUACCAAGCGGGUAUUCCAAGGGCAAGAAUUCCCGCAAAGUAGCAAAUGAUUGACUUCCGUCGCGUUCGGUUUCGCUGUAACUGUGUUCGCUCAAUUGGUCCCCAUUGACCUCCAUAUAUUCGCUCAAUCUGGUUUCGCUGAUUCUGGUCCUCGCUUAUCUUGAUAAUCGCUGUGAUUGAAUUCGCCGACUUGACAAUCGCUGAAAAAGUCAAUCGCUUAAAUUGAUAAUCGCUGAAAAGGCUUCGCUCAAAUGUCAUUCGCUGAAACGACGCUCGCUCAGGUGUCGCAGAACCCUGAAUACCACCUAUGUAGAUUUAAGAUUGCGAUGAAUUCCGGUAAGAGAUGCGGCUGCAGUGAAUGAAGGGCGACUUAUAAAUUUAAAGAUGUGCAGAAAUUAAUAGAGAACGAGAGGUGCAGAAAGCAAAUGUGUGCGUCUAGCUUUUGAUGAUGAAUUAUCUGCAUUACAUCAAUUAUUAGCCCAGUAAUUACCGCAACAACUUAAUAAGCGAUGAGGCAGAAGAAUGAAGGAGUUAUUGCCUUUCGACAUAUUUUCUGUUCAUAAUUGUCCUUUCUCUGUCUUGCAUCCUGGAUUUGCUCGUAUGUAAUCUAUUCGUUUGCUCGCUUUUCGCUGUGAUGGCUGUAUCAACGAGUUCUUUAAACGCCUCGAUGUUUUACGCUCCAUUAUGCGCUAUUUAUUUUCUAGAACAUUGACUUCUCCAAAUGUGAACCAUGUACAAUGUUCGGUGACUUGCUCGACGAAGCCAUAUUUGGGCAGUUAUUUAGGACCAGAGACUUGUCUAGAACAUUAAGAAGCUAGAAUAUUGCGGUGUUUGUGGAUAAAAUGUCAGGCUGGUGUACUGAAACCGGCCGUAGUGCUCGUCUUUAGCAUUUUGAGACAACGAAUGAAUUUGAAUUGAUAUCCGUCCUAUUAUCUUGGUUGGAUUAGCGAUGAGACUGAUGUCGGGUCGACUUUAGAAGCAAUGCUCUGUAUUGUAAUGAUCUUAUGUAUUUUUCCAUGUCGCUUAGGUUGGUAGUAUGAGGUUGUGGGGCUGUUGUUUUUUUAUAGAUAUUUAUCAAAACUGUCCACUGCUCUGUAUCAUCAUUAUUUGUAUAAUUUUGUAAGAAAUGAAAAGAAAACUUUAUAAGUGCCCUAUCAUAUUGUCCGCUCAGUGUGUAUUGUCUCACUUUUUCCGAUGUCUCUUCAAUCCUUUGCACUGUUGUGUAACCGCUACGUAAGCGUAAGGUCGCUCCCUGCGUGCGGGGCCAGUCUUCCCUGUAGUCGUUUCCUCAAUCCGUGGCACCCUCCCCCUCCCUGUCCUGUUCCUCCCCUCCCCUUAGCUUCCCCACCCCUUUCCGGUCUCCACUCGCUCCCAGACGGCCCAGAUCGGCGGCUGUCACCGCCCGCGGCCAUCAGAGGUCAUCGCCGGGGUCAAUCGGCUCGGCGGGCCGGUCUAGCUGCCAGGGGCCGACUGCCGCCGGCGCCGCCCCGUCCGCCACCCGGCGGGGCAGCACUGACCUUGUCUGACCUUGCCCGAGGCGCCCCCCCCCCCCCGACUUCGAGAAUGUUCAGUCUAUGCAGCGACACCCCCUCCCCCUUGCUAGAGAAACCAUUUGAUAUUUGUGUUUGUUGACUACUGUCUCAAUAAACGCGUGAAGUUCUAA